AUGGAGAGGACGACUAAUAACUCGUUUUCAAAUCCAGCGGACGAGGAACUCGUCAUCGCCUCUACUUUCGGGACCCUGCUGUCCAUCGUGUACGUGAUCGGGGUGUCCGGGAACGUGUACACGCUGGCGGUGAUGUGUCACUCCAUCCGUUUCGCCACAUCCAUGUACAUUUCUAUCAUCAACCUGGCUCUGGCGGACCUGCUCUACCUGUCCACCAUUCCGUUCGUGGUGUCCACCUACUUCCUGAAGGACUGGUACUUCGGCGACGUGGGCUGUCGCGUCUUGCUGAGCCUCGACCUCCUCACCAUGCACGCCAGCAUCUUCACGCUCACGGUCAUGUGCUCCGAGCGCUACGUGGCCGUCACCAAGCCGCUGGACGCGGUGCGGCGCUCCAAGAGUUACCGCAAGGCUCUGGCGUGGGGCGUUUGGCUCCUCUCCUCGCUCCUCGCCGUGCCCAUGAUGGUGAUGGUGGCGCAGACGAGCGCCCGAAUGCCAGACGGGGGCGUGAAGAGGAUGUGCGCGCCCACGUGGGCGCCCGUCGCUUACAAAGUCUACGUGACGGCGCUGUUCGGCACCAGCAUCAUGGCGCCGGGGCUGAUUAUCGGAUACCUGUACGUCAGGCUGGCGCGCGCCUACUUGGAGUCCCAACGCAACUCGGUCAUACGCAAAGGCGGGAAGCGCUCGCCCAAACAAAAAGUUCUCCUCAUGAUCUUCACCAUCGUCUUGGUGUUCUGGGCCUGCUUCUUGCCCUUUUGGAUCUGGCAGCUGCUGCCGCUCUACCGCGGCGAGCCGCUCAGCCUGGCUUCCAGGACGCACACCUGUAUCAACUACCUGGUGGCCAGCCUCACCUACAGCAACAGUUGCAUUAACCCUUUCCUCUACACGCUCCUCACCAAGAACUACAGAGAGUAUCUGAAGAACAGACACAGGAGCUUCUACAGGUACACGUCAUCGUUUAAGCAGCGGCCACCCAGCUUGUAUUCUUGGGGUGUGUCCCCAUCUAACAGCAACCAGUUCGAGUGCAACUCAGAAACGCUCGUCAUGGCGACGUUCAAGUGA